CCCCUCUCACCCUCACUCUCGCACAUUCCCAACCAACCUUCACAUCCAUCGACCUCUUCUCAUCUCUACAUCACCUCGCAUCCAAAGUCCCACUCCUCCUCGUAACAGCUUCAGAUAUCUCUCAAAACUUCUCGUACCGAAUCAACGACCAACGAAUCACGAACCUAACACGACCACUAUGUCCGCUCAACAUCAAUCCGCCGAAGUCAAGGCCCGUGCCAACCAGACCAAGAACCAGGUCCUGAGCCACCCUUACGUCCAGCAAGGUGCUGCUGUUGCCAACCAGUACGCUGUCAGGUUGGACAAGCAUCUCUCUCAAUACCCCAUCCUGAACAAGGCCGAGGAAAAGACCCGAAUCCCCAAGGUCUACGGUGUCCUCUCCACCGCCGGAGCUUUCAUCUUUUUGAUCUUUUUCAACCUCUUUGGCUUGGCCUCGCCCUUGUCCAACCUGAUCGGAUGGGCCAUCCCCGCUUACUUGAGCGUGCAGGCUUUGGAGAGCCCGGGAAAAAACGACGACAAGCAGUGGUUGACUUACUGGGUCGUCUUCGGUCUCUUCAACUUUGUUGAAUCCGCCGCUCUUAGGCCUAUUCUUUACUACUUCCCCUUCUACUUCGUUAGCAAGACCCUCUUCAUCUCUUGGCUCAUGAGCCCUCAAUUCCGAGGCGCCGAGAUCCUCUACCACAACGUCGUCCGAAAGGCGUUCCUCUCCCUCCACCAGCAACAGCGAACCGGUUACCCCACCGCUAGCUCCACCCCGGGUUACACCACCACCACCAGCUCUUAUGCCCAUGCUCAGUAAAUUGCUCUCUGAUGCGAGUCUGAACAAGAGGAUGGACCUAGGAAUGAGAGUGAAGGAGAGCCGAUAGAUCGGACUGAGUAUUAUGGAGGCUCGUGCUCCAUAGCUCACUCAGAUCAUCUCGUGCCGCGAUAGUAGAUAGAUAAAAGUCGAAUCGAACGAGUCAAGCAGUAAAGGCUAGUAGAAUUGUGCGAGUUUCGUGCGGAAGAGAACGUAUAGAUAGAUAUUUAAUAAGCAUUCGUGAUCGUCCGAGUUUCGA